UAAGAGUGCCACAAAGGAGGAGUCGGGGACGGGGAGGUGCACGUCCCAGGGCUAGCUGUGGACCCGCCCCUCGGUGUCAGAUUACACCCGGCUGUCAGCAGAGGGCCAGGAGCGGAGGAGCCGUGGAGGAACCUCCAGACUGCUUCUCCUCCUCUCAGUGGAUCAAUCUCGCUGGAUGUUUAUGGAGGCUUCAGCCGUGGAAAAUGAAGAUCUCCCCAGUGGUCUUUGCUCUCCUGAUUAGGGGGUUCUUCGAGGGAGAUGUUUGCCACUCCAUCAACGUCACCGUCACGCCCGCCCCCUUCACCGUGGCCCAGGAGGGCGAGAACGUGACGCUGUCCUGCGUCGUGUCCCAGCGGCGCCGAAACACCGCCCUGCCCGUGGUCAAAUGGACCUUCCUGCCCGCCGCCGCCGAGCGACCGGAAGACGAGGUCCUCGUCGCCCGCGUCAACAUGAGGAAGGCGCGUUUCUAUGGCAACUACACCAAGAGCUUCCCCUGGCCCAAGCUGAAGCUGACGGUGGUGAAGCAGGGCAAGAUCUUCGACCUGCUGGUGCUGAACGUUUCCGAAAGGGACCGGGGGCUCUACAUGUGCCGGGUGCAGGAGUUUAGGAAGCACCAGGAGCGCUGGAAGGCCUUCAGCAACAGCACCGCAGCCACUGAGCUGAGAGUGCACGUAGUCCCACCCACCAAGCCCAAAGAGAGCCUCCUGAGCUUGUUUCAAGAUGUGUACCUCUGCGCCGUGCUGAUCUGCUCGGUGGGCCUGCUGUGCAUGUGUUUGUUCACCGUGACGGUGACCUGCCAGUACAUACACAGAAAGCAGAGGUUAAAAGAUAAUUACCUACUGGUCAAAAGCCCACAGUACAGCUCAGGAGAGACGGUCACCAGUGUGAUUAGUGGGUCUCCAGCUCUCCCCAAGAAACAGAGGAGAUACAGAAAGAAGAGGAGCAGAGGCCCACAAGAGGACAUACCCCCAGAAAUACCUGCUAAGGCUCCAAUCAGAGAUAAAGUGCGGAUAACCAAACUUCUAAAGCCGCAACCGAGGAAACUGGUUCUGCCGAAGAUACUGGAGGAGAGUCUGACGUAUGCAGAGCUGGAGCUGGUGAAGCCCAUACCUGAGACCAAGUCCUCCAGCACGGGCACCGUGUACGCCCAGAUAAUGUUCACAGAGAGGAGACUUUGAAGGGACAUUGUCGCGCCACUUAAUACCUGUGUUUUUAUCUCAAAUAUAUAAAAGACUGUCUAUUUAUAGUGUGCAUCAUUGUUUGUAGAUGCAAUUAUAUAUUGAGUAUGUAACAGAAUGAUGUCAUGAUUGUACGUACGUAUUCGGGCCUUUUUGGCAUCCUGGGAUCAGACUUUACGGUUUUGAGUUUUAACUGCGGACUCAAAACUCAUGUUCUAGGCUGAAGUUGUGUAGGGGAGUGGAUCUCAGUCCCGGGACCCCUCGUGUUUAGCUGCAGUUUGGCUGUUUCUUAUCCGUUUCAUCACAUCUCAGCCCAGUAUGUGUUUCAGGCUUGUUUAAAAGGAUCGCAGAUGUGGGAGGCUGACAUUAAAGGCCGUAAUUAGUCUCAACUCCCUCGCGAGAUAUCGCAAACCCUCGAUCUAGGGCUAACAUCAACCGGCUGCUAGUGAGACACACACACACAGCAUGUACAUAGCCUCAAUGGGUUUAUAUAUACGUUUCUUUAUGCACACCAGGGUGUGUUGGUGAUUACUUAAGAUAACAAAUGAAAAGACUACAAAGCUGUGUCUUUAGUGGUUGAGUAUAUGGUCACAUUAUUACUGAGGUUUACACCUUUUAAUUCAAUGGAGACAACGACCUCUGCUAAAAUGCUAGAAUAUGUUCAUCAAUCAAUCGCGCAGGAAUUGGGUAGGGAUCUCCCAUUUUUAAAAUUCUUCUUAACGCCUGUCUGAAAAUGUGUAAGUUUCCUAAUGAUCAGGAAAACCACAUUAUUACAAAGAAAAGAUGGGGGCUCCCUUGCUAUCUUAUCCUUUCGCCCAGCAACCCAGACAAGAGUGCACCAUGUCAGUCCCCUUCCCCUUGGCGGGACUAUCUGGUACACGGAUAAAAUCGAUGUACAGCUUAAAUGUAUUUACUUGUCCCCAAUUGUACUCCUUUUGGCUGCAUACAAUUAGGGAUUCAUUCUGAAAAGUUUAAUUUUCUUUUUUAAAACUGUGCUGUAUUUUCAUUUAGUUUUCUUCAGUUAUCUACCACAUUUUAGAUGCAAAGAUGACUGAAGGAUAAAAAAAGUACCAGUUUUACAACCCCCCACCUUUCGCUCAUAAUGGCUGUGAACCCGAGGUCUGAAUCACGUGCCUUGUUUUCUGCAUCCAUACACUACAGGGGAGAGCAGAAAAAGUC